AUGAAGAAGAUUAGAAGCAGCGGUAAUUUUUAUGGUAAUUGCCCUCAAUGUAAUAAACCUCGGACUAACCUGAAAUUUUGUAUUAAUUGCCAACGUAAUUAUCACAUUGAAAAUUUUGAUAGGUGGUCGAGUGGUAAUUUGAAGAUUGACGAACUUAUUAGAUAUACACAGGUAAACUCAACUCAUCAUGAUCUUUUAGAGUGGAUCAAAUGGGACGACAUUGAACUUAUUGAAUACCGUGAUAAAGGUUGCUUUGGUGAAAUCCAUUCUGCGUACUGGUUGAGUGGUCCUUUGUCUAUGUGGGAUCGUGAUUUAGAGUACUAUAAUAGACAUGGCCCAACUAAAGUUGCUAUCAAAAAAAUUGAUAAUUCGCAAGAGCUCAGUCAAGAAUUCGUAAACAAACUGUAUGAGUUCCAUCGAUGUACAAAAAACAAUUACAUUGUAGAUUUUUUUGGUAUAACAUGUGACGAUACAUCUAAUUAUUGUUUGGUAUUAAAGUACUAUGAAGACGGAAAUAUCUAUAAAUUCCUUGACAAAUCAGAAGGACUAUUGUGUUGGCGAGAUAUAGUUGAGAUCAUUUGGUUGAUCGCUGGUGGAUUGAAAUGCAUACAUAGAGAAAAAUUAUGUCACGGAAAUUUUCAUUGUGGAAAUAUAUUGAUUGAUAAUAGAGGUGAUCUCCUUGAUGUUGCGAUUACUGAUGUUG